GAACGCUGCGUUCCUCGGGCGGCGCCGCCGCCGCCGCCGCCGCCGCCGCCGCCGCCGAGCGGCCCUAGUGCCCGCCCGCCCGCCGGACCCCGCCGCUGCCCAAUCCAGGUUUUAGAUCUGCACAAGAACCAAGAUCGAGAACCAUGGCAUCCAUCCCAUCGAGCGGCUCGCUCAUGGCAACGCACAACUACUACAGAAGGCGCCUGAGCUCCACAUCCAGCAACAGCUCCUGCGGCAGCUCGGAGUACUCUGGGGAGGUCAUCCCCCACCCCCCGGGUCUGCCCAAGUCUGACCCUGGCCACUGGUGGGCCAGCUUCUUCUUCGGGAAGACGACUCACCCGGCCAUGACAACUGUGUCAGAGUCCCCGGAGAGCUCGGGAGCGCUGCGGGUGACAACGGGACCGAAGGCAUGUGGCCUGGUUCCAGCCCCGGGAGCGGGACGGAGGCGUCACGCCAGCGAGCCCAGCUCCGGACCCUCGGCGUGAGCGGGUCAGCAGCUGCUCCCCAGGCCGGCGGGCACAGCCCCUUCCCCCUGUAGAGUAGGCAGGCUGCUCCAAAGCAAAGGCGUUGCUUUGUAAGAAGAAAAUGCAGCAAAACCCCCCACGAUUCCCACACCAGCCUUUUUACUCUUUCUCAACGUAACUACGCCCUUUCCGCGCAGAUGCGGUAACGUGUUUUAUUUACCUUGUACUCGUACGAUGGCAAGUAAUAAACUCAAGCAGCCUUUUAAAA